UCCACGAACUUCUUAUUUGAUUAUGUCAUUUGAUCAAUUUAAAUCAUUAAAAAUAAUAAUGAACAAAGAACAAGUUCGAUAGCUCUGUUGAAAACCCAAGACUUUCACUGCUGGUCCGUUUCUUUUUAAAUAAACACAAUUAUUGACCGAAAGUAAGAUCACCGUUAAACAUUUCUGUCGGGAAGAUUCGUGAAGCAAGAUGGAGGACGAUUUCUUUUUGAGCGGGCGUGAGAGCACAUCCUUUAGUAUGUCAUCCCGAAUGGGGAUGGAGGGGGGACUGGUCAGCGGGAAUGGAGACAUUCAAUAUAACUUUCUGCAACCGCUGGACAGUUCCUAUGAAUGCCUAGUAUGCAGCCUUGUACUUCGUCGUCCUGUGAUAUUCGAGAAGUGUGGCCACCGCUGUUGCGCGUCUUGUUUGUCGACUGUCAUGAGAGGCGGGGGAAAAUGUCCUAUUGACCAACAACCCAUAGACAGAGACCGAGACGUGAUUCCUGACCAAGCUUUCCAGCGUGAGAUUGAUCUACUGCAACUGAAAUGUUCUUUUGUGCACAAAGGUUGUUCUUGGUACGGGCAGAUGAAAGACAUAAAGGCCCACUUGGAGGAAUGUAGGUACGCAUCUGUAAUGUGUCCAAAACGAUGUGGAGCUGAGUUGGGGAAGCCCACGAUACGACAACAUUUACUAGAGGAGUGUCCGAAGAGAGAGAUUAAAUGUGACUUUUGUGAUAUCCCCAUUCUGUAUGAGCAAGAAGAAUCACAUCUACAAGUCUGUGGCAGAUUCAUGAUACCGUGCCCCAAUGAGUGUAAGAAAGGGGAAAUUCCCAGAGAGGAGAUGCAAGAGCACUUGGAGAACAGAUGCCCACAGCAGCAAGUUCCGUGUCCGUUCCAUGAGGCUGGGUGUGACUUUAUGAGCAAGAGAAAGCAUUUACAUAAGCACAUCAAAGACGACCCAAUCCAACACUUGGCCAUGGCGUGUGAUGUUAUAUUCAAGCAUUCAAAGACUCUGGAGGAUAACGAAAAGCUGCUCGGAAAGCAUACAGAAAAUAUACAGACAAUGGAAAAGAAAGUAAGCACUCUGGAAAAGCUUUAUGGUUGUCAGCUUGUAUGGAAAAUUGAAAAAUGGGAGAGCAAAAUGGAUGAGGCAAAGCUGGGAAGAAAGACGACGAUUUUCAGUCCACCAUUUCUAACCGCUAGACACGGCUACAAAAUGGCCAUGUCGAUAUGUCCUUAUGGUGAUGGAAGAGCAAGAGGGAAAUUCCUUUCCAUCUUCAUUUGUAUUUGUAAAGGCGAAUAUGACGCUUUGCUUACCUGGCCGUUCUAUCACCGUAUUUCCUUUACCCUUGUGGAUCAGUGCCAGGACCCCGCCGCUCGUCGUAAUGUGACGUAUUCCAUCAAACCGAACACCAUCAAGGAUAACAAACCAUUCCUUGGACGUCCAAUCGGAGAGAGGAAUGCCAGCUUUGGCGCACAAAAGUUUGUGGAAUUAGAAGUUUUGCGAGAGAUGGAUUAUGUUAGAGACGACUGUGUGUUUAUAAAAUGCACGAUCGAUAGCGAGGAAAUGAUUCUCUUGUAAACCAGUUUGAUAGAAGUUCGACGAUGCCAAUCGGUUGAAGCAAUUGAAUUAGACAUGUAGGUGGCAUAAUAUAUAUAUAUAUAUAUAUAUAAGAAUAUUUCAGUUUUGAUUUUUUUUUAAAGUUAUAGCAGUGUUGAUGUUUUACAAAAUUUGCAUCUUCGACGAUAUUUCUUUUGUCGCCACCAGAUACUACAAUGUCAGUGCCGGUUAUAUCAUUUGUUAAAUAAAAUUCAUUACAUCUAGUUAGUCAUUGUAUCGACUAAGUCAUGGCAGUUUUGUAGCUCUCGUGCACAGGGAUCCGAGAAAAUACAAAUAUCGAACACUUUGGACACAUGAUGCAGUGUGGAAGAGCAAUUACAUGUAUGUCCCCGAUUAACCAUAACAAAGGGGCAGAAUAAAAACGACGUCAAGUUUCAGUCCAAAGUGGAGAAGUUUUUCUCGACUUGACGGAAAAGGCCGAGCGAUAUUCCCAUUAACUCCAGUGAAAACGUACAUUUGUACAUGGGCAAGCUGACUUUUCUCUAUAGCAUCUGGUUUAACAUGCUUAUGUAUUUUCUGUGUGGACUUGCAUGUAGGAAUGAGAGUACCAAACCCCCGUAUGCGUAACCCGGACGGAGUUUACCCAAGAUUGAGCGGAGGUAUAAAUGUCUAGGUGUUGCGUGAUUGGCUAAUAUCAAGAGUGAAAUUAUUUGGAAUUGAAAGAAAUAUUAUAGAGGUUCAAAUUAAUUGUCAGGAUGAAAAAUUAUCGCACAAAAUCGAGAAAUGACUGAGGAAAUUACCAUGGUAGGGGUGUGCUUAAUAUGAAGUGUGUAAUUUACUGCAGAUUGCUAUGUGUUGUAAAAAAGUACAAAUAUGGCCUAUAAAAGGCACGGGACCCUAUAUAUUUUUUGUCAUUUUUUAUCAACACUUGGAAUGAACUUUGAAAUGUU